AUGGCUCGAAUCAACCGCUCCAAGCAGGCGUUAUUGCUGAAUCCCGAAUUCUGGACGUCGAAGCAGCUUGAAGAGUGGCUCAAGCGCUUUGAAGAAGGUCGCUACGCAAAUUUUGUUGGUCCAUUGAAGGAUUGCAAAGGCGCAGAUGUCCUGCGCUUUACUGCCGCCGAUUGGGCAAAGCUGAACCCUCCGAAUUUGGCUACGAGCCUUCGCUUUACGCUUUUAGGUAUGGUGCAGGUUGCAACGCGCGACGAAACGUCGCCAAAUGUGACGAACUUUGUUCCACUCGUUACGUCUCCUGGGAAGAUAACGAGCAAGAAGUCGCUUCGUUCUAUAGUCCCAGUGAAGUUCCCACCGAUGGUCGAGAUGCCUACCGUGCCUGUGAUUAUUAUCGGUAUCCUGUUUGUUAUCGUGACUGUACUGUGCUUUACAGUGCUACGUGGGCCUCUUUCUGAUAUUGGUAUUGACUCGGAGAAUCUGGUAAAGUAUGGCUCCAUUCCUCUUGUCAGUGUGGUGUUCACGUAUCUCCAUAUUUGGAUUGCCUUGUGGAUGACCUUUUAUCCACUCCAUUACACAGGUUGUUUGCAACUUCCAGACACUAAUAUGGGCUUUGGAUGGCAGGGAAUUGUCCCAAACAAAGGAGAGAAAAUGGCUCGACAGGCUGUACAAAUUAUGACGCAACAGUUGCUGCACGUGUCGGAAAUUUUUGCAAGGAUCCAUCCUGCACAAGUUGUUAAAGAGCUGGAGCCGAUUUUGUUUAGCACGAUUCAAACGGUCGUGGAAGACAUGGCGUUAAAGUACAGUCCUGACUUAUGGGCUGUGCUGCCGGGCAAAGUGAAAGAAGAGAUUGUUGAGAAAGUGAAAGAGGAAUCGCCUGUCCAUAUUGCGGCACUCAUGGAUGAUAUCCGUAACAAUAUUGAAGAUGUCUUUGAUCUGGAAGAUAUGGUGGUUACGAAUAUGUGCAAGGACAAGCAGCUAUUGGUGAAUAUGUUUGUUACGUGUGGCUACUCAGAGCUGGCUUUUAUUCGGAACUCAGGUGCCUACAUGGGAGGGAUCUUUGGUCUCAUGCAGAUGGGAAUUUGGUUUGUGUAUUCAGACCCUAUUGUAGUAUUCCCGGUGAUCGGACUGCUUGUGGGCACUAUCACUAACUGGCUUGCUCUUAAGAUGAUUUUUGAGCCCGUAAACCCCAAGAAGUAUUGCGGCAUUACCUUUCACGGUCUGUUCCUGCGACGUCAGAACGAAGUUGCUGAGGUUUACGGUAAAAUGGUUGCACGCGACGUCCUAAACUCACGCAACAUUUUUGAGGCUAUUCUGAAGGGCCCGUACUCGGAUCGCUUGUUUGAGCUCGUGUACGACAAUGUGCAGGAGGCCGUCAACGCGGCCACCAAAACUACGCAAAAGAUUAUUAAUUUCAGCAUCGGUGAGGAAAUGUACGUCAAUAUUAAGGAAGAUGUGACGAACCACAUUGUGGAGAUAUUUCCGGAGAGCCUUCGACAGAUUGAGAGCUACGCUACCGUUGCCAUGGACUUGGAGGUGACGCUACGCGAAAAAAUGAAGUUGCUGACCUCGGAGCAAUUUGAAAAUCUUCUUCAUCCAAUCUUUGAGGAGGAUGAAUGGAAACUCGUUGUCAUGGGCGGCGUGCUAGGUGUUGUGAUUGGCGUUGUUCAAAUUUUCCUUAUCGACCACUAA